AUGGCCUUCAAAAACGUGUGCCCCCCCCUCCCCCCCUCACCAUCCCACCUUUCCCCACGUCUUCCCCAACCCCUCCCCCACCCUCCGCCGCGUCUGCCAGUGACCGCAUCGGGCGAAUCAGAGGUCUCCACGUGGAUAGAGGCGGUGCACCUGGUGCUGCCACCUGUCAUCCCGCGGUCCUCCUCUGAGGCCACGUUGGACGCGCUACAGGCGCCAAACGGCACAGCUGGCAUGGAGCCUCUGUUGGACGCCAAGUGGGAGGCGGGCUUUAAGGGCACCAAGCGGGUGUUCGCGUGCCUACUGCUGCUGGGCUGUCUCCUCUAUAUUGCCGCCUUUCUCUCUGGCAUCAUUGUCAACAGCACCACUGGCGCGCCUGCUGCUGCAAACACAUCCCUCGGCAACCCCCCUGCUGCUGCCCUUCCUUCACAUGCCAGCAGCGGUGGCGACAGUGGCAGCAGCAUCAGCGGCCUUGUCGCAUCCAUGCUCACUUCUCAAACCCUCUGGAUCGCCAUGUCUUACCUCAUUCUGUACCUGGUGAUUGCAAGCCUUGGCUUGGCUGGUGCACAUUACAACAACGUGAGCAUGAUGUCCCUGUACAUCUUCAUCCAGGCUACAGUAACAAUCAUAUCAGUUCUCGAUUCCGUUCGUCCGUUCCUCCUCUUCUGCAUCCUGCUAAUCCUUCUCGCCAUCCACAUCAGAUUUCAUAUGCUUUCUGUAAGUACACUUCAUACUCAAUAUAAAUCUGACGGUGGUGGCGCUGGCAUCCCGUUCAACGUGUUCCCUGCACAGUCCUACCUCAACUUCUUAAACAUCAACAUCCCCUUGCCUCGCCUGCCCCAGCUGCCCUUCCCCUUCAAGGACAAGUUCAAUAAGUUCCAUAAGUCGCCUCCUCCCUCCCCUCCCCCUCCAUCCCCUUCUCCUCCUCCUCCUUCUCCCCCUCCACCCAAGAAUAAAUCCCCUCCCCCUCCCAAGAAGUCGCCCCCUCCUCCUGAGAAAAAGUCCCCCCCUCCCCCCGAGCACAAAUCGCCCCCGCCGCCCGAACACAAGUCCCCUCCGCCGCCUGAAAAGAAGUCGCCCCCACCACCCAAACGCAAGUCUCCCCCUCCCCCCGAGCAUAAAUCACCCCCUCCGCCUGAAAAGAAGUCCCCCCCUCCGCCCAAGCACAAAUCGCCCCCUCCCCCCGAAAAGAAGUCGCCGCCUCCGCCCGAACACAAAUCGCCCCCACCACCCAAACACAAGUCUCCUCCUCCGCCCGAGAAGAAGUCGCCCCCGCCGCCUGAGCACAAGUCGCCCCCCCCUCCCAAGCACAAGUCACCCCCUCCUCCCAAGAAAAAAUCACCCCCUCCACCCAAGCACAAGUCCCCUCCUCCCCCCGAGAAAAAGUCGCCCCCUCCGCCCAAGCACAAGUCCCCUCCUCCCCCCGAGAAAAAGUCGCCCCCUCCGCCCGAGAAAAAGUCCCCUCCUCCCCCUGAGAAAAAAUCCCCUCCGCCGCCAUCUCCCUCUCCUCCUCCCCCCCCACCACCUCGCAAGCCAUCCAAAAAGGACAAACUCAUCAUUAUCCUCCUGAAAGGUGCAGCAGUUCUCGUGCGCAAGGCACACAGCAUCCUUCCUUCUGGCAAUGACGCUCAGAAGGAGGCUCUGUGGGCAGUGGUGACAGCUCUGGGUGAUGCGGAAGUGCUGAUUAACGAGGGGAGGAGGGAGCUGGUGCGGGAACAGCUGGAUAACAGUGUGGUGACUUUGGAGGAGGUGAGGGGGGAGGUGCAGGGCGGGUGGGUGCAGGAGCAGGCAGCAGCGGGGAUGAUUGGCCUGGCUCGCGUGGAAAUAAUGAAGGCUCAGGCGCUGUUUCGAGAGUAA